GUCCGGGGAGAGCGGAUUAUAGUGAAGGGGUCCAGGGAGAGCGGAUAUAGUGAAUGCGGGGUCCGGGGGAGAGCGGAUAUAGUGAAUGCAGGGUCUGGGGAGAGCAGAUAUAGUGAAUGCGGGGUCCGGGGAGAGCGGAUAUAGUGAAUGCAGGGUCCGGGGAGAGCGGAUAUAGUGAAUGCAGGGUCCGGGGAGAGCGGAUAUAGUGAAUGCAGGGGUCCGGGGAGAGCGGAUAUAGUGAAUGCGGGGUCGGGGAGAGCGGAUA